AUGGCUGGACGAACGGUAAUGCGUUCUGGAAAUACAGGGGGUCCAAACAAAACUUGCCAGUUUAAAUUGGUUUUGUUGGGUGAAAGUGCGGUUGGUAAAUCAUCGUUGGUCCUAAGAUUUGUAAAAGGGCAGUUUCAUGAGUACCAAGAAUCGACAAUUGGCGCUGCAUUCCUCACUCAAACUGUUAGUUUGGAUGAUACUACAGUGAAAUUUGAAAUAUGGGAUACAGCAGGACAGGAAAGAUAUCAUUCAUUAGCACCAAUGUACUACCGCGGAGCACAGGCGGCUAUAGUUGUUUAUGAUAUUACAAACCAGGAAUCAUUUGCGAAGGCGAAAAAUUGGGUAAAAGAGUUGCAACGGCAAGCCAGUCCGAACAUUGUAAUUGCUUUAUCGGGAAAUAAAGCUGAUCUUGCGAACAAACGAGUUGUUGAAUAUGAGGAAGCUCAAGCUUAUGCAGAAGAUAAUGCAUUAUUGUUCAUGGAAACGUCAGCAAAAACAGCGAUGAAUGUAAAUGACAUCUUCCUUGCGAUUGCUAAGAAGCUUCCAAAAGGUGAUGGAAGUGGUGGUGGUCCAUCAGGACGUGGUCAUGAAGGAAUAGAUAUUGGCCAAGAGGGUCAAGGUCAAGGUGUAAGCUCUGGUUUAUGCUGGCGUUGUAUAAUGUUUACGAGGGUAUCCAGCGAGGAACGCUUUAGAAUGGCAGUUCGAAAUGCAGAGCGCGUAUAUAUUUUAAGGGAAGAACAAUCUCCAUUCGAAGCGGCGGGUAACUUCGAGUGGAAGCAGGGCUGUUGGGAUCCACGUACAGUUGGUUUAUCAAUCGAUUCCACACUAACAAGUGCCCGGAGUGUUCUAAGGCUAACCAAAGAAAUGAAAGAGCUUAGAAAAAACCCAGUGAAACACUGCCGAGCUGCACCGAGAGCCGAUAAUAUUCAUGAAUGGACUGCAGUGAUUAACGGACCCGAAAACACUGUUUAUGAAGGUGGUACUUUUUUCGUGCAGAUGUUUAUACCGCCAACAUAUCCUUUUAAUUCACCCAAGGUGCAAUUCUUAACAAGGAUAUAUCACUGCAAUAUCAAUCGCCACGGUAUUAUUAAUAUCGAUAUUUUACGUGGUCACUGGAGUUCCUCAAUGACAAUUGCGAGAAUUUUACAAGAAAUAGUUGCUCUUCUAUGUGACUGCAAACCCGAAAAUGCUUUACUUGAAAAUAUUGCGGAACAAUAUGUGAACAACCGAAAGGAAUUUGAUGCUACAGCACGAGUUUGGACAUUACGAUUUGCUCAAUGA